CUGCCCUACCUUAAGAGCGUCGAGUUGUCCCACCUGGCAGAUGUAAUAUCGUAACAUACGAGGGAGUGCUACUUCUUGUCACAAUGGCUUGUUCAUCAGAAGGUGUUCCUGACAGUACAUCCGAAAAGUCGGUCGUCGCUGUACAAGAAGAAUCGAGGGUCACUGAUAAGUUACCGAUACAAGAAAACUCUGGAGUGAGUAGUUCUGCUGGGCCAAGCAAAGUAGGUUCUUCAGUUGUUUUUAUCACCAACCACUACGCCCAGGAUCUUGAAAGAAUGGACGCAAUCAACCAGCUGCUCACUAUGGCAACCGCUGAUGCUGAUGCUGAUGCUGGUGUUAAAUGUUACACCACAGUGGUGGACAGAAGAGAAGUUAUUCAAGGUUGACGAAAAGACUGGAGUUACUAUUGUCUACCCGAGGGAACGGGCUGCUCGGUUGAUGGGCCGUUCAGAUAUGAACAGUUGGCUUCUUCAUCAUGGCAGUUUGUAUUCUCACCUUGAAGAAAUCUCGGACGUAUCGGCUGUGGUUUCAUAUAACAUGACGGGAGAUUGUAGCGAUAUUACCCGCGCAGCUAUCGAUAUAAGGUCAAG